GUGAUGCCCCUCCCCUUUAGCCCGGGCCAACCAAUCAGCUCGCAGGCCUGCAGAACUCCCACACCUCAGGGAACUUUGCGCAGUUAUCAUUCAGGGAGGCUGAGGAGCUGCUGGGGAGACAGGGGAUCUUAAAGGAGGCAGCAAGGAGCCGAGGACAGACACACAGACACCCAGGACAGACAGACAGACACACCCAGCCAAAGACCUCUGUCCAACCUGAGACUAAGGUUUCCUGUUAAAUGGCUGAUAAACAAGUCAGUUUGCCUGCAAAGCUGAUCAAUGGUGGCAUUGCUGGGCUGAUCGGGGUCACCUGUGUCUUUCCAAUCGACCUGGCCAAGACUCGCCUGCAGAACCAGCAGAAUGGGUCCCGCCUCUACAGCAGCCUGUCGGGCUGCCUCCUCAAGACGAUCCGAUCGGAAGGGUACUUCGGGAUGUACAGAGGGGCCGCAGUGAACCUCACCCUGGUCACCCCAGAGAAGGCCAUCAAGCUCGCAGCCAACGACUUCUUCAGGGAGAUGCUCUCCAGGGAUGGGCAGAAGCUGACCCUGCUCAAGGAGAUGCUGGCUGGGUGUGGUGCAGGGACCUGUCAGGUGAUCGUCACCACGCCAAUGGAGAUGCUCAAGAUACAGCUGCAGGACGCAGGGAGGAUAGAGGCUCAGAGGAAGUCGAUGCCACAGGCCGUAAGCUCCACCCCCCCUAGCACUGUUGCCAAGGAGAUAAAGAGGCCCCAGACCGCCAUUCAGAUCAGCAGGGAGCUGCUGAGGAGCAAGGGCAUCGCGGGGCUCUACAAGGGCCUGGGGGCCACACUGGCCAGGGACGUUCCCUUCUCCAUCAUCUACUUCCCCCUGUUUGCUAACCUGAACAAGCUGGGGCAGAAGAACCCCGACACCAACGCUCCAUUCUAUGUGUCUUUCCUGGCGGGUUGCAUAGCUGGGAGCACCGCGGCUGUGGCUGUGAACCCCUGCGACGUGAUCAAGACGAGGCUGCAGUCUCUGCAGAGAGGAGCUCAUGAGGACACUUACUCUGGAAUCAUGGACUGUAUCAGGAAGAUCCUUCGCAAUGAGGGUCCCGCUGCUUUCCUGAAGGGGGCGUACUGCCGGGCGCUGGUCAUCGCGCCGCUCUUCGGCAUCGCGCAGGUCAUCUAUUUCCUGGGGGUCGGCGAGGUCAUCCUAGAUUUCCUGCCCCAUGGGCAACACGACUAACCGCCCCAAACACACAAACACACACACAGACAAACAGACUGACCAUGAAACACACACAAACACACAGACAGAGUCUCA